AUGUCCUUUUCCUCAAAUAAGGCACCGGGAUUAGAUAAAGUCCCAAUGAGUAUUAUCAAAGAUGCCUUACCAUGUAUUCUCCCUGCGUUAACGGAUAUUAUUAAUUGUUCAUUGCUUACGUCCGAAUAUCCAACAUUAUGGAAGAUGGCAGAAGUUGUUCCCCUCUUAAAAGAUAGGGAUCAUGAGAUCGCAGACAAUAAUCGUCCUGUGUCUUUGCUAAUUGCAGUAUCAAAGAUUUGUGAACGAGUUGUAUUGAAUCAAUUGACUGACUAUACGUCGCAAAGGAAAAGAUAUACUGAACACCAUUAAAGUGGCAAUCGAAAAUUACAUUCUACAGAAACAUUAAACGUUUUUAUAACAGAUCAAAUCUUGCAGUCUAUGGAUCGUAAAGAAGUCGCGGCCUUAGUUUUAAUAGACUUAUCCAAAGCAUUUGAUAGUAUAGAUCAUUCAAUUCUACUAGUGAAACUUCAAACCAUUGGUGUGUUUAAAUCAGUGUUGGCAUGGUUUAAAAGUUAUCUAUCGGGACGAAGCCAAAUAGUACGUAUUGGGUCGACAUUGUGGGAAACAUGUAUUAUAACUCGAGGGGUACCUCAAGGAUCUAUUCUUGGGCCGGCAUUAUUUAACAUAUAUAUUAAUGACCUGCCCAAUGUUCCAAAAGAGUCCUCUUUGGAAUCUUAUGUGGAUGAUUCGAAAAUCUAUCUGGCAUUUCCAUUCAGGAUAUUGAAACUGCGGCCGGGUUUAAACUUACACAAGAUAUGGAAAGAAUUACCGCAUGGUGUUGUAUAAAUAGUCUGCUAGUGAAUCCAAAGAAAACGAAACUUCUAUUACCGGGUACUGGCACAGAUUUCCAUAUAACUGUUCUUGGUGAGAAAAUAAUCCCACUUCAGACUGUUAAAGAUUUGGAAAAUGACUUUGGAUUCAA